AUGGAUAAUACACAUGUAAAUCAAUCAUUGGUUGUAUUUGUUUUAGGUACUACUGGUGUCGGUAAAUCAAAGUUGGCAAUCGAAUUAGCAAAGGAAUACAAUGGCGAAAUUAUAAGCUCAGAUUCAAUGCAACUAUAUAAAGAUGCAGGUGACAUUACUACAAAUAAAGUAACUACAGAAGAAAUGCAGGGUGUACCACACCACAUGAUGAGUUAUUUACCAAUGGAUACUUUAAAUUAUAAUGUUGGUGAUUUUACUUUAAAAGCAAUCGAAGUUGUAGGCAAGUUACCAAUUGUUGUCGGUGGAACCCAUUAUUAUACAUGUUCAUUGCUAUGGUCCAAUUCAAUUAUUAGUUAUGAUAACGAUACACCAAAGGUAAAUGAUAGUAGUAAUGAUAUUGAGAAUUUAGACAAAGAAAAAUACUCUUUUGAAAAGCUAAAAGAAAUAGAUAGUGUUAUGGCAGAGAAGAUACAUAAAAACGAUAUAAGAAAGAUUAAGCGUAGUUUAGAUAUUUUUUAUAGUACAGGUAAAAAGCAAAGUGAUAUAAUCAACACCCAAUUCGAAUCAAAGAAAUUAAGAUAUCGUUCAUGUUUGUUAUGGUUAGAGUGCAAGGAUCAACAGUUAUUAGAAACUAGAUUGAACACAAGAGUUGAUGAAAUGAUAGAGCGUGGCUUGAUCGAAGAGGUAUUCAAUAUAUUCAAACAUCCAUCUAUAACGCAGGUAACCACAGAGAACUUUACUAAGGGUGUAACUCAGGCAAUCGGUAUCAAAGAGUUAUACAACUAUUAUGUAUUGUUAAACCAGUAUAACCAAAAUGAAAAAGAGUUUAAAUCAAAAUACAACAUCAUUAGCAAUAAUAUAACAGGCACAACCACAUCAUUAAUAUCGUCCAAUGAUACCAACUCCUCAGCAACCACACCGACCAUUGAUAAAGAGAAAUUAAAGGAUGAAAAAAAACUAAAAAAAGAAAAAGAGCAGUUAAAUAAAGAAUUAUUCAAUGCCAUUUCAGAAAUCAAAUCCCACACUAAAAGAUACGCAAUAAGACAGGUUAAAUGGAUAUCUAAAUUAUCACCAGAGAAUCAAUUGGAAAUUUUAAAAUUGGAUAGUAGCGAUUUAGCUAAAUGGAAUGAUAAUGUUUUUCAAGUCUCAAAAAAUUAUUUGGAAAGUUUUUUAACAAAUUCUAAUUUAAAUGCAUUUAAUAUAAAUAGUAAUAAUAAUAAUGAUAAUAAUAAUAAUAAUAAAAUCAAUAAUAAUGAUAGUGAUGUUUUAUUUUAUUAA